GACACAACAGAUGCUCAACAGUGUUUUUACUCGUCUACUAUCAGAUCUGCUUUCGCUGUGACAUUUUCAGCUAGAAUAUGGGAAGCAAGAUGCAUCCGUUCCUCUUCACGCUGCUGUGGGCCAGUGCAUGUUUUGCCAGCUCUCCAAGCGAUCAGGCAAACUUCAACGCUCUGAUGGACAAUGUUGUGGUCCUGAGGGUGUCCAAGGCUCACGGCACCACGGUGGAGGUUCCUCUGACCUGUGGAGACACUUAUGAAAAUACAGCCAUAUUUUGGAAGAAGAACGGUGUGGAGCUCCAGCCGCCUCUCCAGGGGAACAGCGUCAAGGUUUUGGUGAAAGAAACGCAGGGAGGCAACUACACCUGUCACCUGGGACCUAGUGGAGAAUACGUAAACCACACGAUGAUCCUCGUCCAGCCGUUUCCCAACAACAGGACCGUCAUCCUGAGGGAGGAGUCUCCGGAGGAUGGUCACAUCCACUGCUCAGCUCCAAACUACAAAGGCUCUUUCCACUGCGGCUGGACGAGGACGCAGGACAGAUCCCAGGCGUCGGUGGUGCUCGUGAGGGCAGAGCGUCACAUGGAGAACAUCCCCUGCGUGCUGCUCCCUAACGGGUUGGGGGUUCACUGCCAGGAUUCCAACUGCUCUUACCAAGAAGAGCAGCACCGCAUUUCCCUCACUGUUUACAUCCGCAGCUACUUUCUUCUGGAGGCCUACACCAAGUCUUUCUACCUCCGAGAGAUCGUAAAGCCAGCAGAACUCCCCAACCUGAAAGUGAGUGAAGGCAGGGUGUUCAGCUGGAAAUACCCCGAGUCCUGGGACAUGCCCUGCACCUUCUUCGGGCUCCACUUCCAGGUCAACAUCGUCCGGAGUGGCCAUUCCUGUGACAGUGAAGAGCUCAUAACGACUAACACCAUAAAUGACACUAAAUACGAGGUCAAUGUAAAAGCCAAGAAGUACGUUUUCUGCGUCCGAGCUCAGGACAAACACACAGCCGGGCCGUGGAGCCACUGGAGUCAGUGCAUCGUGAACAAGGAUGUUGUGAGCUGCUAACAUCUGCUGCAAUAGAAAAUAUGAAAAGGUGGAUGGAGAGAAAUGUUUAUUUGAUGUGAUUUUUUUUUAAAUGCUCUUUUUAUCAAUAACAUGAAUUGGAUGUCUUAACAUGUAUAGUAUUUAUUCAACAGCCCUCAAAUUAAUCAGUGCAUUCAGUACUGGAGCUGAGGGGGGAUGAGGGGGGACGCCCCCCCCCCCCCCCCUGAAAUAAAAACGGUCCAAAUCAUCCCCCCUGUAAAACUGCCAUCCCCCCUUUCCAUCCCUUAUGUAAUUUCAUCAAUGAAUGUGGUUUUACUGCUAUUGCAACAUUUAGACUCAUCACCAGAAAAAUAACUUAUUUGACAAUUUUCACCUGUUUCAAGUAAAUUUUCACUUGAAAUAAGUAGGAAAAUCUGCCAGUGGGACAAGAUUUAUCUUCUCAUUACAAGCAAAAAAAUCUUGUUCCACUGGCAGAUUUUUCUACUUAUUUCAAAUGAAAAUCUACUUUUGUGAAAAUAGUUGUUUUUCCAGUGAUGAGUCUUGUUUUAAGUGUAAUGAGAUUUUAUUACUAAAAUGAGACAUUUUAACUAGAAAUAAGACAAAUAUUCUUGUUAAGAUUUUGAGUUUUUGCAGUGAUCCAUGUUACUUAUCCUGUGAAGGACAGAGUCAUAUUGAUAAGUUCAGAAAAGUGUUUUUUAUUGUUGUGUUUUGAUGUAUUAGAUGUAAGCCCAGUGGAUAUUUAAAGCUUACAGAAGGCUGCAUUUAACUGCUGCUAUGUCAUUCCUGCAGUAUUUCUGCAGGGGUUUUGGUCACUGCUAUUAUUUGUAAUAUAUUAUAUUAUUUGUAAUCAGCCCAAAUUAUCUGUCCCCAUAUGAUCAAAUCCACCAUCCCCCCUGAUUGUUUUUUACAACUCGAGUACUGAGUGCAUUGUCUAAACAAAUGCCACGUUUAAAAUCAAUGUUUCUUUUUGUCCGUUGUAACUUAUUUGUAAUUAUAUCUCAAGUCCUAAAAUAUACCACUGCUGU